AUGGAGGACGUGAGCCUCACCGACAAAAUCGCGGCCACCACGGACAGCGCCAAGUCAUUCUCAGACGAGCCUGCGGUCAUCGAUGCGGACGCUGCGACAGUCGCAGACGUCGAGAAGCCCGGGGCGACAUCUGUGGGUGAUUCGGGAGACGAGGAGCGCCGGGCUGCACUCAUCACUGACCUGCUCGCUCUUGCCGCCGGCUCUUGCCGCGGCGAGGCUGCGUCGGAGAGCGAUCUGAAGUCCGCGCGUUCGCUCGUCGCCGAGCUCGAGGCGCUCAACCCGACGCCAGAGCCGACGCUCUCGCCGCUCUGCGAAGGGACGUGGGAGCUCGUCUUUUCCGACACGCAGCUCUUCCGCUCGAGCCC